AUGGUUUUUCCAUUUCUCUUACCUGCUGAACCAGUUCCAUUAGUAUUUAAGACAAAAAAGGAAGCACACGCAGAACAGCGUACUAAUUUUCGACUUGUUCACUUUGAUCUCCCAAAAGAUCCUCUAUUUAACGAACAAUUCAAUUUACACAACACAGGUCAAAAAAUGGGUAUCCCAGGUGAAGAUUUAGGGUUAGGCAACGUCUUUAAAAAUCGUCAAUAUACAGGAAAAGGAGUUGUUACUAUUGUUAAUGAUGAUGGAGUAAAUUAUGAACAUCCAGAUUUGAAAGAUGCAAUAGAUUCGAGAUACCUCAUUAACCUAGGUGACAAUACUACCCAUGUUCUCCCUGAUAAAGGAUACCAUGGCAGUGGAUGCGCCGGAGUCAUCGCAUCUAAAUGGGAUAACGGUGUCUGCGGUGCAGGAAUUGCUCCAGGAGUAACUCUUGGUGCUGCCAAAUUCCCUAAUUCUAUAUUUUCAACAGAAUAUAUCGUAAAAUGUUUUGGAUUUAAAGAUUCCGAAGUCAAAAUACAUUCGAAUUCAUGGGAAAUCGACGAAUGCUCCAAAGAAGGAUGUCCAGGUGGCGAACAAAUGCAUGGAUUUCACGAUGUAAUUUCAAAAGCUUCGAAAUCAGGCGUAAACAUAGUUUUCGCAGCCGGCAAUAACGCAGAAUUACUUGGAGAUACAAACUUCCGUACUAUAUCUAACUGGCGAGAGAAUAUUGUCGUUGCAGCAUCUACAUUUCGUGGCCAACACGCUUUUUACUCAGAAGUGUCCUCAACGAUCACAGUUAACGCGCCAUCAUCGUACGGAUCAAAUGCAAUCGGUCUUGGCGAGAAAUAUACUCCAUCAGUACAAACAAUUUCUCCAAAAGGCAAAGAAUGCAAUCCCAGUUUCGGAGGAACAUCAGCGUCAUCACCAAUGGUUGCCGGUGUCCUUGCCCUCAUUCUUGAAGCAAAUCCAAAACUAAAACCACGAGAUUUGUCAUACAUUAUCUCAAUUACAGCCACAAUCAACGAUCCUAAACAUGGUUCAUGGACCAAGAACGCCGCCGGUCUUUAUUACAGUCCAUAUUUCGGAUUUGGCCGAAUUCACGCAGAUCGAGCCAUAGAAACCGCGAAAACAUGGCAGAACUUAGCGGAAGAAGAAACAUUCACAGCUAAAGCAUCCAAUCGAUUCGAAAUGACGCGAAAUACAACAGUUAAAAUUCAAAUGAAAGAUAAUCUUUUCAUUGAAACAGUUGAACUCGUUUUCAACAUUGCAGAUGAAGAUUACGGUGAUAUCCGAAUCGAAGUCAUUUCUCCAUCGAAAACACAUGCAAUUGUUAAACAGUUGUCCAUCAUGCGAAAUGUCCCUAAAAACAUGAUCAAACGAACAAUCACAAUCCGAAAUUUCCUUGGCGAAUGGUCACGUGGUACAUGGACAGUUGGAUUCUUUAACAGAGGUGUUAAAGACAUUGGUGGUUAUGUUGAAAACAUCAGUAUCAAUGUUUAUGGCACAUCCACACUUCCAGAGACAGGACAUAAAUUCAACCAAGUCAAUGGCACAUCUCCAUAUGAUUACAAUUAUCCAGAUCAAGGUGUUAAAUUGGUUGUUCCUAAAGAGAUCGAGAUUUACAAAGUAGAACCACUUCAAAUCAAAAAUGCUAAUCGAAGCUGCUCGAUCGACAUCUUCUUUGAAGAUCCAGAAAUUUCAGCACGUUCAUUUUAUCGAAGUUCAACGAACAUUUCAGAAGGAUGGAAUGUUCGUUAUGAUACACCAAAUCUCCCUGAUGGUCUGAAAGCUAACUUAGUUGUUGAAUCCAUGGAAUGUGGAUGGUCAGUUCGAUCCCCAGUCAAAAUAUACAAUCCAAUUGUCAAACCAACACUUGCUAUUGCAGGUUUCAAAGAAAAGAACUCACAAGAAGUUCGUCUUGAGUGGGGUCGUCCUUCUAAUCACUUGAACCAAGAAGUUCCAGGCGAUCUUAUUAUCAUCACAGCCAUCAAUGAGAGUGGUAGCCAAUUCCGAUACUUAGUUCGAGAUGCAGGUUUCUUCAUUGUUCGAGAAAACAUGAGUUCUAACUCUACAUUUUACAUUUCCAGUGCAUUCUGCAACCGACUUGAAGAAUGCUACUUCCACAAGAUCGUUGGUGUUGGUCCAGUCAUCAACCACGAGGUUUCACCACGAUAUCAGUGGGUUAUUGUCAUUUCAUGCAUUAUUUUUGUAUUAGGAAUCAUUUGCAUUGUUAUUUUCGCGUAUUUCUUCCUUAAGAAAGGCAAGAAGAAAGAAUACAAAUCAUUCGACAUGGACAGUCGUGCUCUUAAAUCCAUGGGAUCUUUCUUUUAA